AUGUCUGACCACGAGGAGAACACCUCGGAAGGCGUCUUCAAGACGCCGAUUCCCGAGCUCGACGACCACCGCCACCAAAUCGCAGCCAGUCCCCACCCGGAGCGGCCCCGAAGAGGCACUUUCGACACGCUCUACGGAGCGCGACUGCUAGGACCAGAGUCGGUCUCUGGAGAGCAGUCACCGAGCAUUCGUGUCCGCGACUUCGAGGAGGCGAUUGUGGACGAUGAGGGAGGUGAUGUCUCGCCCAGUGCGCGUCGUGUGCGCCGACCAACCGUCGAGACCACUACCGACCAGCGAUCGGUCUCUCCGCCCAACUCGGUGAAAGCCUUCGCCGAAGCACGUCGUCGCGAGCGUGGCAUGUCCUUUUCGGAGUCCAAGGCGGAGAGAAACGCCAGUGAGGAGGAUCUUCACCGAACUGUCUCCAUCAGUAGCCGGCGUAGCCUCCGUAGCCGCCCUUACACGGCGGACGAUGGCGCUAGCCUGGCCACCAACCAGUCUGCGGCUGAGGACGUCUGCUUCCCCCUUCAGGACCCUCGACGCAAGGACCAACUCUACAUCGACUUCGACUACCUCGAGAACUUCAUCCAUUCCGAUCGAGCCUCGCGGACCGCUAGUCGUCGUGACUCUGCACGAUCCUUCCCGGAUCUUCGGCAACAACUGACGUCCGAUGGCGGACCGCCUCAGCUGCAACUCAGCACUGUUGACGGGGAUAUCCUCAAUAUGCCCUCUGACUCUUCGGUGGGACAGGACACAUCGGAGAAGGAGAAGGAGGAGGACACCCCCAUCGAAGAGGUUAAGGCGAAGCCAGCGCCUGCUCAGCAGCCCCUGGAUCCCAACCGCUUCAGCUUCUUCUCUUCGGCUUGGGAGUCUACGAUCCACGCCGCGGAGCUUGGCGACCUGGUUCUUCCAGGUGAGGACCUCCGAGGUCUUUUUGCGCUGCCUGCCGAUGAAUCCGAUGGAGUUUGGUGGUUGAACGUCAACAGCCCCACAAAAGAGGAGGUUACGGCCAUUUGCAAGGCAUUCGGCAUUCAUCCUUUGACCAUCGAGGAUAUCACGACCCAGGAAGCACGAGAGAAGAUUGAGUUGUUCCCGUCCUACUACUUUGCAAGCUUUCGGUCCUUCCACGCAGUUCAAGAAGACGAUGGCCUGGAAUACGAGCCGUAUAACCUAUACGUUGUUGUCUUCCGCGAGGGCACGUUGAGCUUUAGCUUCGAGCCCAACGCCCAUGCAUCUCACGUGCGGAAGCGUAUUGCUUUGCUAAAGGACUAUGUUGCGCUCAGCAGCGACUGGAUUUGCUACGCCCUCAUUGACGACAUCGUGGAUUGCUUUGCUCCAGUCAUUCGGGACAUUGAACUGGAGGCGGACGCUAUCGAGGACGGUGUGUUUGUGGCGCGCGAGGAUGAUUCCAACCAGUUCCUGCGGUCCAUUGGCCGCGUGCGCAAGAACACCAUGGCUCUGAUGCGUCUUUUGGGAGGCAAGGCUGAUGUUCUCCGAGGCUUCACCAAACGCUGCAACGAGAACUACAAGGUUACGCCUCGAAUGGACAUUGGUCUCUACCUUGGUGACAUUCAGGACCACGUUGUCACCAUGGUUACCAACCUCGGCCAUUUCGAGAAAAUUCUUUCUCGUUCCCACAGCAAUUACCUCGCCCAGCUUUCCAUUAACAGCAUCUCACAAGGCACACACACAAACUUGGUGCUCAGCAAGAUUACCUUCCUAGCAUCCAUUCUUGUGCCGCUCAACCUUGUCUGCGGUCUGUUUGGUAUGAACGUUGCUGUUCCAUUUCAGGAUUCCAAGUCUCUGGCUCCUUUCUUCACCAUUCUCGGAACCUUAAUCAUCUUCAGUAUUGUGAGCCUGACAUUGGCCCGCAAGUACAAGUACAUUUAG